UUUAGUUACUUAAGUGAUGUUGAAGCUAAUCUUACCUUUAUUGCUUGUGUUCUUACAAUGUGUAGUUUCACAGUCCACGUACUAUGACAGUUUCUACGGAAGGCCUAUCACUUCUAAACAAUAUGAGAGACGAGUUAAAAAUGGUACUAGCCAAUACUGCACCAACAUCGUGAGGCCAUGCGUCCCGACUGAAGGCCGGCGCGUGGAUGGAAGCUGCAACAACUUGAGGCACGCGAGCCGAGGCGCGCAGUACACGCCCUUCUACCGAUUGCUGCCGGCUGUCUUCAGAGAUGUAUCAAAGCCAAGGUUGUCAAAAUCAGGCAAACCGCUGCCUCUGGCCAGGCCAAUAAGAACGACGGUCCUUGCUGAUGGUAAAGUGGCGAGCCAGAACUUCACGGCACUACUGACAACUUAUCUCGUCUUCAUGUCUGCAGAUACCGCUAUUUCUAAUGAAAGUGUGAUAUUCGCAACCGUCAAGCCCUACUGCUGCAAGUCAGAGGGGAGGAGAGACUCCCUGUGUGCACCGAACCCUGUGCCUGAAGACGAUCCUGUCCACAGGUUCUCAAGUGUACGGUGCAUGAACAUGACCAAGUCUUUGACAUACCAGUACCAAGGAUGCUUGUGUAAUAAUACUACACCGCAGCGGGUAACUUCUUCAACUGCAACGUUUGAUCUGUCACAUCUAUACGGUAACACUGACGAACAAGUGGAGAAAGUACGAAUGUUUAAAGAUGGCUUACUCAAGUAUGAAAUUGAUGCAAAAGGACGCAUUUGGCCACCGAGCAACAAGAAUAGUCCGUAUUGUCCAGCAAAUGUGCCGCCUUAUGAGACGAGGUGUCAUGAUACACCUGAAGCCUUCACGUCUAACAGUUUGAUUCCUUUAAAUCUGAUGACGGUAUGGUUCUAUAGGGAACACAACCGGGUAGCCACCAAGUUAGCUACCAUCAACCCCAAAUGGGAUGAUGAAAGAUUGUUCUGUACCACGAGAGAUAUCGUCAUCGCUACUUACAUGCAGAUCUAUUACUAUGAGUUAAUGGCAGUUUUGCUUGGUCGUGAUAACCUCAUAAAACGAAAGGUCCUGUCUCCUGAUCCAUUAUUUAGAGAUAUUUAUGACGAGGAGCAGUUCCCUCAGUCUUCUGUAGAGUUUCCAGUAGCGUUGCGAUGGGGUCAUACUUUAGUUGAAAUGACACUCAAUUUAUUUGAAACUAAUGGUGUGAAGGUCAAAGAAGUUCCGCUGGCAAGCCUGAGCCAGAGGACUGGGUACCUCGGUGUGGGAAGAAAUAUGGAAAUGCUGACGCAACAUAUUUUCCGACAGGCCAGUGGUGAUACUGACCAUAUUGUUGACCCGCAAAUGGGCGAAGACGCGGUGCUAAGCCUAGAAGCGGUAGAUGUGCCGACGAAUGAUGUGUCUCAGAACAGAUACUACGGGCUCGCCCCCUAUGUGCACUACUUGCAGUACUGUCGCGGACGCAACUACAGCACUUGGGAUGAUCUUGAGGAUGUCAUGGAUCCACAGAGAAUCGAGAUCCUCCAACGCAUCUACGAGCACCCCAGUGACGUGGAUGUCCAGGCUGGCUUGUGGUCAGAGAACUACAUAGAAGGAGGCUUCGCACCGCACACUUACUUCUGUUUCGUCGCGCAGCAGAUGUACCAGACUGUUGUCUCUGAUAGACAUUGGUACGAGAGGAAGAAUAGACCCAACGCUUUCAGUGAAGUUCAAUAGAAAGAAAUCCGCAAGACAUCGGUAGCCCGUCUUCUGUGUGACAACGGAGACUCGGUCACUGAAAUUCAGCCCCGAGCCUUCGAGAGGAUCCAAUCUGGAAAUGAUCUUGUAAAAUGUGAGGAAAUACCUUUCGUGAACCUAGAUGCCUGGAAAGACACUGAUGAUUAUUGUAGCUGAAAACAAAAUAAAAUAAAUUUUAGUUGUUUUGUA